AUGCGUCAAUCAAUACUAUUCACAUUAUUUACUUUAUUAUCAAUUGUGACGGCUCAUAAUGUUUUAUUACCAUCAAAUGGUAAAAGAUGUUUCUUUGAAGAAUUGAAAAAAAAUGAUGAAUUAGCUUUAAGUUUCCAAUAUGGUAAUAGAGAUUCAAGAGCUACUGAUCAAUUAACUGGUGAUUUUUGGAUUACUUCUCCUUCAGGUCGUAUUUUAAAACAAGAAGUUGGUGUAUCUCAUGGUGAUGUUCAAAUUAAAGCUUCUGAUAGUGGUAAAUAUGGUUAUUGUUUCUCUAAUGAAUACUCAUCAAUUGAUACUAAAGAUGUUAGUUUUAAUAUUCAUGGUGUUGUUUACAUAGAUGUUAAUGAUCCAGAAUCAAAUUCUUUAGAUGCUGCAGUUAGAAGAUUAAGUGUUUUAGCAUCUGAAGUUAAAAAUGAACAAGGUUAUAUUGUUGUUCGUGAAAGAACUCAUAGAAAUACUGCAGAAUCAACUAAUGAUAGAGUUAAAUAUUGGUCAAUUUUCCAAUUAAUUGUUGUUGCUGCAAAUGCAGUUUUCCAAAUUUAUUAUUUAAAAAGAUUUUUUGAAGUUAAAAGUGUUGUUUAA